AUGUCUAAAGUACCAAAUUUAAUAAAUUUUAUAGCAAAAAGGAGCAUCUCUUUGUCAGCUCCUAGGGAAGGCAAGAGAAAUUUCAGGAAAUUCGUGAUCCCUAACAAGAGGGGUUCACGAUUACAUCGUUUGCAGCAGCAGACUGAAAACAGGCAGUUAGACAUCGAUAAGCGAGGCGUUCGCGACACAGGGUACUAUAUGAACGGCCGCUUUGUCACUGUACCUGAAAUGAUACCCGAAAUUAUCGUGCCUGACUUGAAAGAUUUUGAUUUGAAGCCGUACGUGUCGUACAAAGCUGCCGAUGUUAUACAGAGCGAGUUCACGCCCGAACAACUGUUUGACGCUGUGUACAGUAAGAAGAUAGUUACAGAUUUCAAACAAGGAAAGCUAGAUGAAGAUGGAUUCCCCCUAGAGCCGUCCGAGGAUGAGAAACUUCAGCCUGAUGAAGCCGUCCGCAGAGCUAAGAGAACUGGCUCAGAUAUAUUUUGA